UAUUAUAAAAUUAUAUGACGAGAGCUUCUAACUCCGGGAAAGUUUUAACGGCCUAAAGUCGGCGUACACAUGGGACGCUUCUAGUUAUUCACAUUUGUCAGAUGUUGUGAACAAAAACUUCUACAUAGGGUUUUUUCUUGAGUAACCGUCAUCAUGUUGAAAUCUAAAACUUUCGUCAAGAAGACGCGGUCGGGUGGGGUGGUAAAAAUCGUGCGUGAACAUUAUCUUAGAGACGAUAUUUGGUGCGGGAGUGAAGCCUGCAAUGAAUGCAAACAGGAGUCCACGGUGCUACAGAAAGACGCGUGUAUUGAGAGCAAUCUCUGCUCCUUUCCUCAUUACCUGGUGCCUGACACGAACGUGGUGCUACAUCAGAUUGACGUUUUGGAAGAUCCUGUGAUUCGUAAUGUAAUCAUCCUCCAGACUGUGCUGCAGGAGGUUCGCCAUCGUAGUGCACCCGUUUAUAAACGUCUGAAGGAUGUCAUACAUGAAAAGGAGAAAUUCUUUUACACUUUUACCAAUGAGCACCACAGAGAGACAUUUAUUGAACGUGAACCUGGGGAGACUGCCAAUGACCGAAAUGACCGGGCAAUCCGUGUGGCAGCCAAGUGGUACAGCCAGCAUUUGAAAUCUGAUAAAAAUGGGCUCCAAGUAGUCCUCCUUACCAACGACCAGGGGAAUAAGAACAAGGCAGAAGAGAGUGGACUGCUGGUGUACAGAUGUGAAGAAUACAUCAAGAGUCUGAUUGCCAAUCCUGAGCUUGUAGAUCGUCUGGCUUUGUCUAAUGAUGAUAAGAAUGAAGUUACCAGUAGUAAGGUGUUAUAUCCAGAACACCUGCCUCUGUCCAAGAUCCAGACAGGAAUUAAAAGUGGUUCCUUCAUCCAGGGAACCUUCAGGGCCAGUAGGGACAACUAUCUGGAAGCAACCGUUUUCAUCCAGAAAGAAGGAGACGACAGCACAGAGGUUCUUAUUCAGGGUCUACAGCACCUCAACAGAGCAGUGCACCAAGAUGUGGUUGCUGUGCAGCUGUUGCCGCAGAACCAGUGGGUGGCACCAUCUUCGGUUGUUCUGCAGGAUGAUGGUGCAGCAAAAGAUGACAGUGUUGAAGAAGGAGAGGAAGAGAAAGCUUUGAGAAUAUCAGCAGCAGAGGCGGCCAGAAAACCUACAGGGAAGGUGGUGGGAAUCAUCAAGAGGAACUGGAGACCAUUUUGUGGCAUGCUGAACGUCUCCCAAAUUAAAGAGUCCACUCGCCAUCUCUUCACCCCGGCAGACCGACGUAUCCCACGCAUUCGCAUUGAAACCCGUCAGGCAUCGAGUCUGGUGGGGAACAGGAUCAUGGUGGCGAUUGAUGGCUGGCCCAAAGACUCCAGAUAUCCAAAUGGUCACUUUGUGCGCAGCCUGGGAGGAGCAGGGGAGAAGGAGACAGAGGAGGAGGUGCUGCUCCUUGAGCAUGACGUCCCUCACCAGGCUUUCUCUCAAGCCGUGCUUAGUUUUCUUCCCAAGUUGCCGUGGGCCAUCACCAAAGAGGACCUGGCCAAGAGAGAAGACCUGAGACAACUGACUGUGUGCAGCGUGGAUCCUCCAGGAUGUACAGAUAUAGAUGAUGCCCUGCACUGCAGAGAGCUGGAAAAUGGAAACCUUGAGGUUGGAGUCCACAUCGCUGAUGUCAGUCAUUUCAUCAGACCAGGAAAUGCUCUGGACAAAGAGGCUGCCAACCGUGGAACCACUGUCUACAUGUGUGGCAAGAGAAUAGACAUGGUUCCUGAGCUGCUCAGCUCUAAUCUCUGUUCUCUGCGCUCUAACGUAGAGAGAUUCGCUUUCUCAUGUAUCUGGGAGAUGAACCAUGAAGCUAAAAUCCUAAAGACGAGAUUCACAAAAAGUGUCAUUAACUCUAAGGCGUCUCUGACCUACGCUGAGGCCCAGAUGAGAAUCGAUGAUGUCAACAAAAACGAUGACAUCACAAAGAGCCUGCGAGGCCUGAACAAACUGGCUAAAAUCCUUAAAAGGGGGAGGAUAGAGAAAGGCGCUCUGACACUGUCGUCUUUGGAAGUGCGUUUUCACAUUGACAGUGAAACCCAUGACCCUAUUGACCUCCAGACCAAAGAACUCAUGGAGACAAACUCCAUGGUGGAGGAGUUCAUGUUACUGGCCAACAUUUCUGUGGCCCAGAAGAUUUAUGAUGAGUUUUCAGAGUGUGCCCUGCUGAGGAAACACCCUGCACCUCCUCCAUCAAACUAUGAGAUUCUGCUCAAAGCUGCAAAGUCCAAGAACGUGGAGAUCCACACAGACUCAGCUAAAGCACUGGCCGACUCUCUGGACAUGGCCAGAGUGGACCACUUCCCCUACUUUAACACGCUGCUGCGCAUACUAGCCACCCGCUGCAUGAUGCAGGCCGUAUAUUUUUGCUCGGGCAUGGACAGCGACUUCCACCACUAUGGACUUGCAUCGUCCAUUUAUACACAUUUUACCUCACCCAUUAGGAGGUAUUCAGAUAUAAUAGUGCACCGCCUGCUGGCCGUGGCCAUAGGAGCAGACAGCACUUACCCCGAUCUGAUGGACAAACAUAAGCAGUCAGCUCUGUGCAACAACCUCAAUUACAGACAUAAGAUGGCUCAGUAUGCACAGAGGGCAUCAGUGGCGUUCCACACACAGUUGUUCUUUAAGAGCCGAGGAAUCAUUAACGAAGAGGGAUACGUUCUGUUCGUGAGGAAAAAUGCGAUCAUCGUACUCAUCCCAAAGUUCGGAUUGGAAGGAACCGUGUUCUUUGACAGAAAAGACAAAAACAACCCGAACCUCGUCUUUGAUGAAGAGGGCCCAACUCCUAAGGUAGAGCAGCACACUUUUCACAUAUUUGACAAAGUGAAGGUGACGGUCAGCCUGGACGACACCAACAUUCAGCACCAGAAGAUCCGCAUGGCUCUGACCGACCCUGUGAUCCCUGGUGUCAGUGUCCCACCACCGGACGUUGAACCACAGGCCAAGAAACCGAAACUUGAUCGUUGAUAAUACAGAAUGCAGAUGUUUUUUUAAUUUUCUUUUAUAGAAUCUACACAAAAGUUUUGUUUUCAUGCAUUGACAACAUUUGACCAGUGGCCUUUUUUAUAGUAUGAACUCAUACCAUACUUUAGUAUGAUUGUCAAUAUAUAAAGAUGGAUAAACAUACUGUAAAUGCGCUGACAUUAAAGUGCUUUUUAAAAAA